GGUUGGAAAGGAGCGAUGGAGACAUGGCCUGUAAUACGAGUCAAGUCAGAGGAGAGGAAGCCAGACGUUAACGAAGCACUGGGCACUGGAAGAGAUUUCUGACAAUGAGUUGGAGUCACCGUGCACUGGACUAAGUGAUUUGCCAGCAGGGAAGGUGGGCUGGAGCAUGAAGAAAAACUUUUGACCCUGGAAAAUAAAUUACAGCUGUGUGAGAGAGAGGAGCGGAAGGUUCUGAGCGCAGAAGAGGCACUUGGAUGCUUUUGGAGGCACUUGGCACCUUCCUUUUGGUUCUGCAGAAGGUGCCCUUCCACUCUACUUGGAAAAUCCGUCCCCAGAUAGCAAAUUGAGUGCCCUGAAGCAGGGGGUGGUGCUGGCCCUUGGGAGAUCCCCACCUGGCAUUGCUCAGAGGCUUUUGCUCCUCGCCCUUGCAGCAGCUCCUCCCUGGUGCUUCCUCUGCCUGGAGCAGGAAGGAAGUUUUUGUCAGCAGGGCAAAAUCCUCCACACAAAACUACGUGCGAGUAAAUUGAGAGAGAGAACCACCUGCUACUUUGCAUAUAUUGUGCAGAUAAGGCCCAGCGUGAGGCAGUUUAUGACUGUAUUAUUUAUCUUCCACGCAGUGUUUCCUUUGGGGUUUUGUUCUUUGUUAUCUCAUCAUUUGGGAGGAUUAGAGCUUGCAAAGGGAAACACUGGAGUUGUAAUGGGCAUGUUUCUGGUGUCCUUUGUGGUCCUGGUUGCCCUGGUGACAGUCUUAUCUGGAAUUGGGGUUUGCGAGAGGUGCAGCAUUGGAAGUGGAGGCGUCUACUCCAUGAUUUCUACUGUCCUUGGAGGUCAAGUUGGGGGGACCAUUGGCUUCCUUUAUAUUUUUGGCCAGUGUGUUGCAGGUGCCAUGUACAUCACGGGCUUUGCGGAGUCCAUUGCGGAUGUGCUGAACCUCAGCAACAUCUGGGCAGUGCGGGGCAUUUCCCUGGCCGUCCUGCUGGGGCUGCUCGGGAUCAACCUGGCGGGGGUGAAGUGGAUCAUCCGCCUCCAGCUCCUGCUGCUCUUGCUGCUGGCUGUCUCAACGCUGGACUUUGUCAUCGGGUCCUUUUCACACCUUGAUCCAGAGCACGGCUUUGUUGGCUACUCCGAAGAGCUUUUGUUCAACAACACGCUGCCAGACUACAGCCAGGGGGAGUCCUUCUUCACUGUUUUUGGAGUGUUCUUCCCAGCUGCCACAGGUGUGAUGGCCGGGUUCAAUAUGAGUGGAGAUCUCCAGAAGCCUGCUACCAACAUCCCCCUAGGGUCUCUGGCUGCUAUUGGCACCUCGUGGUUUCUGUACAUGGUCUUUGUCUUCUUGCUGGGAGCCAUUUGCACCCGUCAGUCCCUCCGCUACGACUUCAUGAUAGCAGAGAAGGUAUCCUUGGUGGGUUUCUUGUUUUUGCUAGGUCUGUACAUCUCAUCCCUGGCCUCCUGCAUGGGAGGGCUCUAUGGAGCACCCAGAAUCCUGCAAUGCAUCGCCCAGGAGAAUGUGGUCCCCAUGCUCGCCUUUCUUGGACGUGGGAAAGGACCCAACAGGACUCCAGUGGCUGCGAUUUGCUUAACAAGUCUCAUCACCAUGGCUUUUGUCUUCAUUGGGCAAGUGAAUGUUCUUGCCCCGAUAGUCACCAUCAACUUCAUGUUGACAUAUAUUGCUGUUGACUAUUCCUAUUUCUCGAUCUCCUUGUGCUACGAUGAUCAGCAAAAAGCUGGCAAGACACAAGUGGAAAACACUAAGCCUCCUCACUCUUCCCAGCCUUUGAUUUUCAACAAGCCCUCCAGCCAUGCAUCAGAUGGAGUAAUUCAAAGCAGAUCGAACGGCACCUUGCUGGAAUUCACAAAAGACAUGGACCAGCUUUUUAAACCAUUUCGUAACGAGCCAAGUGCUAGCAAAAAAGGAGCUGAGAGUUUAACCCAAAAUGUCAAACAGAAAAAGGUGAAGAAGCCAGCCAAGCAAACAUUACAAGACAGCUUUCUUCUGGAUCUCGAUCAUGAUGCUCCUCCAGCUCAGUAUGGCUGGGAUGAGACUGCGGAGCCCCACCACGAAAGCUAUCAGGACCUCGCUGAGCAGGGCCACCAGCUGGAGGUGGGUCCGUGCUGGUCGCCUGCUGCGGACACCCAGGGGACACCUGAGCUGCUGGAGCAGGGGGAGCAGCUCCGCAGCCAGGCGCCAGAGCUCCGCAGCCAGAGGGUGGAAGGUGAGGGUAGAGUUCAUUGUAAUGAAUCACAGGAGAAGCUCCAAUGUAAUUUCCCAUGGAAGAUUAAUCACAGGAAAGCAGAAUCAUCUGUAAGACAACAAAAUCUAGAACUGGGGAUUCAGCAAAUUCCAGAAUCAUUCUACUCCAGAUUCUGCAAUCACUGGGUUUCCUUUGCUGGUGCAAUCGUGUCCCUCAUCAUAAUGUUUGUCAUUCAGUGGAUCUACACCCUUGUCAGCCUGGGAGCAGCGGUUAUUCUGUAUUUCUACAUUGGCCAAGUGAGUCCAGGACUCCCCCUGGGAGCAGCAGCGAAUUUCAGUUUGUUCAGCUGGAUUAAGUCAGCUUUGAUCACCUCAUGCAGGAGAAGGCCAUCUCCAAAGGAGCAGAUCGUUGUGACACCGGCCUUUGCAACAGUUGGCAUGGAGACCACGCAGCUCACCGAGGAGAAUGCAGACUUUGCCUCUCGAGACCGCUAUCACCAGUCCUCCCUUAUCAGCAGAGAAGAGUUUGUGAAUCAGUUUCAGUAAAGGGGGAGGACAGAAAAAAUACCAAGCUGUCAUCUCUGAAAGGGCUGAUAAGUGCUAGUCACUGCCACGGGGCCUUGUGAAAUACUUGAAUGUAUAUGGAAAGGAUGUGGAUAGUUAUUUACAUAUUCAAGGCUUGUUUGUUUAUGCAAACUACAGCAUGCCCAGGUUUCAAAUCUUAUCCAAAAGGGAGGGGGAUAAAACCAACCCGCAAAUAAAAGGGCCGAUCCAGUGAAGUGAUGAGUUACUGAGAAUGAUAUAAUCCUUU